GGAGGGUCGGGCGGAGGCAGGCAGGAUGCGGGAGGCGGCCGGGCGGCCGUGAGCGGAGGGAGCCGUGCGAGCGGGCCGCGGGACAAGGCGGGGCCGGGCAGGCCGCGGCGGCCGGAGGGGCUUGAGGCGGAGAGCGGGCGGCCGGGGCUGGGGCUCCGCGCGGCGGGGCGGCCGCGGGGCAGGAUGAGCCAGGAGGAGAUCCUGAGGAAAUUUAUCAAGCGGGUGCAGGCCAUGAAGGACACGGACCACAACGGGGAGGACAACUUUGCCAGCGACUUCAUGAGAUUAAGAAGAUUAUCCACAAAAUACAGAACAGAGAAGAUCUAUCCAACAGCCACUGGUGAAAAGGAAGAAAAUGUGAAGAAGAACAGAUACAAGGAUAUAUUACCAUUUGAUCACAGCCGAGUUAAACUGACCUUAAAAACUCCCCCCCAAGAUUCCGACUACAUCAAUGCAAACUUUAUUAAGGGAGUACAUGGGCCGAAGGCGUAUGUUGCUACCCAGGGACCAUUAGCAAAUACAGUAAUAGAUUUCUGGAGGAUGAUAUGGGAAUACAAUGUGGCUAUAAUUGUAAUGGCCUGUCGAGAAUUUGAAAUGGGAAGGAAAAAAUGUGAACGUUACUGGCCAUUGUAUGGAGAAGCAGCAGUAACUUUUGGACCAUUUUGUGUUUCAUGUGAAGCUGAGCAAGCAAGAACAGAUUACUUCAUUAGAACGUUAUUACUUGAAUUUCAGAAUGAAACUCGUAGUGUCUAUCAAUUUCAUUAUGUUAACUGGCCUGACCAUGAUGUCCCGUCAUCUUUUGAUUCUAUUCUGGACAUGAUCAGUUUGAUGAGAGAAUACCAGGAACAUGAAGACGUACCAAUCUGCAUACACUGCAGUGCAGGGUGUGGAAGAACAGGAGCCAUCUGUGCCAUAGAUUAUACAUGGAAUUUGCUUAAAGCUGGGAAAAUACCUGAAGAGUUCAAUGUAUUUAAUUUAAUACAGGAAAUGAGGACGCAAAGGCAUUCUGCAGUGCAGACAAAGGAGCAGUAUGAACUUGUCCAUCGAGCCAUAGCACAACUGUUUGAAAAGCAACUGCAGAAAUAUGAGAGCUGUACGGACUGGAAGAUUGCAGAUGGAGUGGAUGAAAACAAUACAGAGAACGCUGUGAGUUCUUCAGAUGCUCAGAAACAGGAUUCUCCACCACCAAAGCCUCCACGGACCCGCAGUUGCCUUGUAGAAGGAGAUGCUAAAGAAGAAAUAUUGCAGCCUCCGGAGCCUCAGCCGGUACCACCUAUCUUAACACCAUCUCCUCCAUCAGCCUAUCCGACAGUUACUACGGUGUGGCAGGACAAUGACAGAUACCAUCCAAAGCCAGUUUUGCACGUGGUCUCAUCAGAGCAUUCAACAGACCUCAAUGAGAAUUACAAUAAAACCACAGAACUUUCAGGAAAGAGUGAACCCAGUGAACGUAUGGAGAAAAGGCUGGAGCGCAACUUGAGCUUUGAAAUCAGGAAAGUACCUCUUCAGGAGGGCCCACGAAGCUUUGAUGGGAACUCCCUGUUGAACAGGGGACAUGCAAUUAAAGCUAAGCCCGCAUCAUCCUCUGUAAUUGAUAAGAACUUGAAGUCACAGGAGCAGGUUUCAGGGGAUUCAUUUGUGGAUGCUUCUAAAAACUCAUGUAUGGAAUGCAGCGUGCCACAGUCUAACACAGCCUUAAUACCUUCACCAGAAAGUCUGCAGGGCCAGCAGGUGUCUGAUGCUCCACCAAGACCAGAUCGCCUGCCUCUAACAGAAAAGGGACACGCCAGGUGGUCGCUGCAUGGGCCUGAGAAUGCACUGCGUACAUCAGUGUCUGAAGACGUGUCUUCAGAUGGCUUAUGUCACAGGGUUAAUGCUCUCUCUCUAGUAUCAAACACCACGGUUGAACUUCCUUCCAGUGGUAAAGGUGAUCAUACUGCUGUUUCUCUUCGAGCGCCCCUCUGUUUUACUAAUCCCCUUCAUUCAGAUGAUUCUGACACAGAUGAAAUGAACUUUGAUGGAGCCAUGAGCAGAAGUGCAUCUAAUAUUUCAACCGCAAGUGCCACUGUUUCUGCUGCCACUACUACCGAAAACAUUUCUGCCAGAAAAGUAUUGCCAAUGUCAAUUGCUAGGCAAGACUUAGCUGCUGUAAUGUGUUCUGAAGAUGGCAAAGAUGCUGAUAAUAGUGAAGACUCUUCUCCCCCACUCCCAGAAAGAACACCGGAAUCAUUUGUAUUAGCGAGUGAACCAAGCACACCCUUACCGAAGUCAGCUAUGAUUGCACAGUCUGAGUGGAGCAUACUGCGUGAUCAGCACCUCCCUGAACAAACAAUCUAUACGGGUUUGAAAACAACUUCACCUGUAAUACCUGGUCGUCCUGAAAUAAGCAACAAAACACCAACGGAUGUUUUACCUCAGAUUGCUUUUUCUGGUUCCAGUGAUCCUAGAGGUCAAAUUUCAGAUCUUCCCGCAGAAAUAACAGAUAUUGGUUUUGGUAACCGCUGCGGAAAGCCCAGAGGACCGAGAGAGCCGCCUUCAGAAUGGACAUGAUCCAAGACUUAUGGACAUACUAUCAAUAAAUUAUACUGGAAACUCAAGUGCCACUGAACUAGAAAAAUAGUAUUCCACUCUUCUGGGGGGCAACUAACACAGAGCAGUGUAGAUCUAACUACCAGAUGGUACACCUUUACAGUACAUCCCACGCAAAACCUUAAACAUUGUUCACAACAGUGGAUUCCAGUAUUACAACUUAACUUUUUGCUGGGGCCAUCUACCUGCCUUAUUACACUUAGGAGAAAGUAUUACAUAUGAUUUAUUUUGUAACUUCAAGUAUUAUUGCCUUAAUGUCUUUUAACCCUGUUACACGCUGCUUGUAGACAUAUGUUAAUAUAGUAAUACUUUGGACAGAUUGUGUUUAUGGACUACUUUUUGCUAACGUUUGAUUACCAUGUAUGCAUUAUUUUGUAUAUGUACAGGGCAAGUAUAUAAUUUGAUAAAGUUGCAAUCAUAAAAUAUUAACAGAAGAUGUAAGAAAUCUCUGCAUGAUCUAAAUUUUUGUGUACCUUAUUUGUAAAUUAUUUGCCCUGAAGUUUUAGAAAAUAGUUUCUGGGGUUUUUUGUUUUUUUUAUGUUUUUUUUUUUUUUACAGAAUUGCUGGACACACACAGCCAGAAUUGCAGGUUAGCAGAGAUAAAGAUUGUAAUACAUUUUGUAAAUUGUAAGCAAAAGGUUAUUUUUAUAUUAUAUACUGUUUAAUUGUCAGACCUGGUUUGUUCUGGUUUUCAUCUAGUCACAGAGAUUCAGUAAGUGCCUUGGAACAAUAUUGAAUUCUCUUAGCCUGUGUAUGUUACUUCAGUGUUUUGAGUUCAUCUGGAAUUAGAUGAUUGAAAAUAUUUGUAUGUUUCUAGUAUAUUUGACCUGCCAGUAAAAGAGAAACCGUUCUACAUCUUCAACACUCCUUAGUUUUCAUUUUGAUGUUUCAUCAGUUGCAAUUUGUAGAAAAUUCAUCCCUGUCAACUUUCUGUAGAAUAGUUUUACAAUUUGAAUGUGGCGUGUUUCUAAUUUGGGGAAAACCAGAACACUGGUGAAAGGACUGUUAAAUACCACUGUCUUCUCUCUCAAUGGUAAGUACCAUUUUUGUUGUUGGGAAACUCUGUAUGUAAGAAAACAACUUAUAUGAAGGUUCAAGUAGAGCCCUUGCAGCUACACUGUAUCUUGGCAGUAUGUUACAUCGAGAGUUAAUCCUUAUAAGGAUUCCUUACUUAAACUUUUCUGUAAUAGAAUCUUUAAAUUAAAGAAAGUAAAAAUUGCA